AUGCUACCAGCAGCGAGGUGGUCCACCCGACCAUCACGACACCUCCUUCGAUCGCUCAAUAGAACAAGCACACCAUCCGCCAUCAAAUCCCACAUUCUCGGACCAAACUGGUUAUAUCAGCGACUCACCUCAGCCUACUCAACCAGGACCCCAGAAAAUGAGGCACCAAAGGAUCCCUCAAAAGUUGACGCAGUCUCAAAUGCCCUCGCCACGACACCAGACUCUGAGAACAAUCUCAUCACGCCAGUCUACAUGCCAGAAGAUCCGCAUGCAGUCCUCAAGCAAAACCACCCUGCCAUGCGUCUCCUCGACAACUCCUCACUCAUCGUGCAACGCCAGCUCGAAAUGAUGAACGUACUUAUGGGAUUCGAGCAGGCGAACCGCUACGUAAUCAUGGAUCCACACGGCAACCACAUCGGAUACCUGGCGGAGCAGGAUCACGGCAUCGGCAACGCUGUCGCAAGGCAAAUGUUCAAAACCCACCGGAGCUUCACAACGCACGUCUUCGAUCGUGACGAGAAGGAGAUACUCCGAUUUCACCGGCCGUUCAGCUGGAUCAGUUCGAGGAUACGCGUGUACGAUGCUAUAGGACGCGACGGCGCUGCGGCGUAUACUAGCUCGAAUAGCCUACAAGGUACGAGUGCGCCGAGCAUUGUGAAUCAAACGAGCGCAAGUGUUUCGGGCUUAGCGUUGCAGGAUAUGAGGAUUAUAGGGGCUGCGGAGCAAGAAUGGGCACCGCUGAGGAGGAAGUAUAAUUUGUUUGUGGCAAGGAGUCUAGAUGAGGAUCCGGCUGCACAUGGGACACCGCAGCUAAUAUCUGGCGACCUGCCCAUCUCGAAUUCAAAAGAAAUCGCAGUGGUGGAGAAUGACACGCGAGAAGUCGGCAUGCUCCAGUUUGCACGGGUCGAUGAACCGUUUCUAUCUUGGGACUUUAGUUUGAUGACCGAGGAUGGCCGAUUGGCAGGCUCCGUCAAUCGUAACUUUGGUGGCUUCGCUCGGGAAAUCUUCACGGAUACUGGAGUGUACGCAUUGAGAAUGGAUGCUGCUGGGCUGGCAAACGAACCCGCACAUCUUAUCUCGAAAACGGGGGAACAAAGCAGGCCACCACUGGAUCAGCACCCAGGUAUGACACUCGAUCAACGAGCAGUCAUGCUUGCUACAGCAGUCAGCAUCGAUUUCGACUACUUCAGCCGGCAUAGCGGCUCAGGAGGCAUGUGGCCAAUGUGGAUGCCCUGGGUUGGCGGGGGUGGUGAAGCUGCUGGCGGUGCAGCUGCCGGGGGCGCUGCAGCAGGAGAAGCAGGCGCCGCUGGAGCUGGGGUCGUUGGGGCAGCUAGCGAAACUGGUAUCGCCAGUGAAGUCGGUGCUGUAGCCCGAGGUCUAGGUGUGGGAGAAGGCGCUGCGACUGGUGCUGCCACAAUGGCAGGCUAUGAGGCUAUGCAAAGAGGCAGAGAAGCUGCACAGCAACGAGGAGAUGAUGCUUCACCACAGGCUACUGAUCCAUAUCAACCAGACCCAAAUCAACAGUCUGGUACAAGCCAAGUUGGCGAAGAUGUAUGGGGUGAAACUCAAGAUCCUGGGUUUGGAUCUAGAGGCCAGGAUCAAGACUUCUGGGGUAGCCAGGGCGGUCAAAGUGGUGGUGAUGCUGGCGGGGGAGAUGGAGGGGGGUUUAGCUGGACCGACAUUUUUGGAGACGGAGAAUAG